AUGGCUGCUGGGAAGGGGGUUCUGUGUAGCCCUUCAUCUGAAAACAGUUGGUGGCUUAAUGAACCCAACCAAAGUGAGGGCUGCAAGCCAAUGCGGAUAGAGGAAGCAAACUGCCUGGGCUCCGAGGGUACCAUUGGCAGGGGUGGCCAGGGUGAGAUCAAUGUGGAGCUAGCACUAUUAACACCCCCAGACAAGCUUAGACUGGGAAAGCCACUGGCUCAGAAGGUGUGCUGGAAACAGGGGGAGAGUGUCUUCAUAGAGGUGCCUCAGCUCAAGAAAAGGCUAGAUACGCAGGCCAAAGAUAGGGAAUGUGAUGACCUCAUAGACCAGCCUGGUCCUCAACAGCUGACCCAAGACAUCCCCAGGAAGCCAGCUGGCAACACAGUUUUCUCUGCAUUGCCUAGCAGAGCCCAACAAGAGCAGAGAAGUGCCUUCACCAAACCAGCCAGGUGUCUAUCAGGGAAACCAGGGUCAGCCCCUCUUUUCUAGGCAUGCAGACCUGCAGAUACCUUGGCGGAACUGUUGGGACUCAUUAAGAUGGUAGAUUUCCCUUGUUGGGGUCAACUUUCCAAUUCUAAGCUUUUGGUGGGUGAUUUCUGGAACCUGCAAAUGCUGCCACAGAAUACUCAUCUCUGCAGUGCUUUUCUGGGUGCCCCCACAUUGUGGCUAAAGCAUGCCAUGGCCCAGAUACCCACACCUUCAUCAUCCUCUUCCACUGCCUCUCAGGCCUUCCUGCCACCCACUUUCCCUUCUCUGGGCUUGCCCACUCAGAACUGGUGUGCAAAGUGUAACCUCUCCUUUCACAUGACCUCAGACCUGGUUUUUCAUAUGCGGUCCCACCACAAAAAGGAACAUGCAGGGCCUGACCUACAUUCUAAGAAGCUGAGAGAAGAAGCACUCACGUACCCCAUUUGCCAUGAGUACUUCCAGAAGCGCCACCAUCUCUCCCAGCACAUGACUUCUCACAGUUAA